CUUCACUGUCAUCUUGGUCAACUUCUACACAUAAAUCAAUAUCAAAUGAUGUUUUGGGGGAUAAUGUCCAAGACCUAAUGGAGUUUACAAUUGAAUCAAGUCAAAGUGAAAUACCUAACAAUCGGAGUGAAUCGGGCUCGAAUCAGUCAGUCAGUUUUGAAGAAUUUCAGAGAUCUACACCCUCAUCUCCUUCGUUUCAGCAACACCUGUGUACACAAGUUGAUGAAACAAGGAAUUCGGUUGGUGCAAAGGGGAAAAUGAAGAAAGGUUGGUUGAGGAAAUUAGGUGCCAUGACACAUAUUCUUGAGAGACAUAAGGAUGCUGCUACAGAGAACUGUAAACGCGAAUCAACUUCAAGGGCUAGGAUGAAAACUGUUCAUGUUCAACCCCGUAAAAAACGUUCCAAGGAACUGUCUUCUCUCUAUGUUGGACAAGAUUUUAAAGCACAUGAAGGCUCAAUUUUGACAAUGAAGUUUAGUCUUGAUGGGCGAUACUUGGCAAGUGCUGGUGAAGAUUGUAUUAUCCGUGUCUGGAAAAUCAUUGAAGAUGAAAGAGCAGAAAAAGUUGACAUGCCUGAAACUGAUUCUCCAUCUCUCUGCUUCACAAUGAAUCAUCUUUCCCAAUUAGCUCCUUUUGACAAUGAUGAUGAAAAAAUAGAUAAAAAGAAAAGAUUCAGGAGGGCAUCAGACUCAACUUGUGUGAUUUUACCCCCAAAGGUCUUCCGGAUACUAGAGAAGCCUCUAAAUGAGUUCCAGGGACACCAAGGUGAAAUCGUGGACCUCUGUUGGUCCAAGAAAGGAUUUCUGCUUUCGUCAUCCGUGGAUAUGACUGUUCGUCUCUGGCAGGUUGGAUAUGACAGAUGCCUCGGGGUAUUUUCUCAUAACAAUUAUGUAACUUGUGUAGCUUUCAACCCUGUGAAUGAUAAUUAUUUCAUCAGCGGUUCAAUAGAUGGGAAAGUUCGCAUUUGGGAAGUACUUGGCUGUCGGGUUGUUGAUUAUCUUGACAUAAAAGAGAUCGUUACAGCUGUGUGUUAUCAUCCUGAUGGAAAGGGAGCAAUUGUGGGAGCGAUGACUGGAAACUGCUGCAUUUAUGAUGUUGUCGAUAAUAGAUUGCAAUUGGACGCUCAAAUAAGCUUACAAGGGAAGAAAAAAUUACCAGGCAAAAGGAUAACUGGUUUUCAGUUCUCUCCAAGUGAUCCUGACCAAGUUAUGGUCACUUCAGCUGAUUCAAAUAUUCGGAUACUAUCGGGAGGUGACGUGAUAUGCAAGUUUAGAGCGUCUGGACUUAGAAUUGCGGCAAGCCCUAUCUUUGCAAACUUCUCCUCGGAUGGCAAACACAUUGUCUCAGCAAGUGAGGAUUGUAAUGUCUAUGUAUGGAACUAUUCUGGCCAGGAGAAGACUUCUUCUCGGGUGAAGAACAUCUGGUCCUGUGAGAGUUUUGUGUCCCACGAUUCAUCGGUUGCCAUACCUUGGCAUGGGAUUGAAAUGAUACCAGGAACACUCCCAUCUCCCACGCUUGGUGGGGUCAUUGAUAAUGGGCCAAAACACCCCCAGAGUCUUAUUGGAGAGUUAGAUGAGAAAAUAUCUCAUUUUUCAUCAGAUUGUUUCUCCUUAACCCGAGGGUUUUUGCUCGAAUCUUUGAUGAAGGGAUCAAGUACUUGGCCCGAGGAAAGUCUUCCUGAUAGUGGAAGCUCAGUGUCAGUUCCACCAGCAAUGUGCAAAUCUCGGUUGAAGAUUUUGAAGAGGGCUUGCCAGAACACGUUGAGCUCGCCUCACAUGUGGGGAUUUGUGGUGGUUGUUGCGACGUGGGAUGGGCGGAUAAGAGCUUACCACAACUAUGGGUUACCAGUCCACCUGUGAGGCAUCCAGAUUCAGCAACAGAGAUGAGGAGUUGAGUCUUGUGCAGUUUAAAGGCAAUUACAGCUUGGAAGUCUCCCAUGGGUGAUCCGCAGUAUGUGAGACAGAAAAGGGGAAUAGGAUUUGAUAUAUGGCAUAAACCACUGGUAGGUAUAUAGCAAAUCGAAGAAGAGAGUGAUUCAGGUAUAAUUGUAUCAUAUAAAUUACCAUUUUUUUAGGUCAACCAAUACGAUUCUUUGAUUUUUUUUUUUGUUUAGGGGUUAUCACCGCUAAAAUAUGCAAAAUCAUAUGGCAAAGGAUCCAUGUGAUGGGGGUGUGUAUGUAUCAUAUUAAACUCAUACCAUUAAUAUUUUUACUUGUCUGA